CCCGUCAGAACGAUCGUUACUGCCGUCCUCAAAAACGCCUCCCACCGGCUCGUGCAGACUCGCUCCGUCACAACCAUGUCCGCCACGCAGACCAGAACCACGGAAGUGAAGAAGUUCCACCGCGUCUUCGAAGGCAGCAGCCACGAUGACAUCAAGAGGCAGAUGGACGAGUUCGCCAAGGAAUUUCCCGACUGCAGGAGGUACCUGGACGACAUGUUCCAGGAACCCGACGCACCCAAACAGCAACAGAACGUCAUGAAGGAGAUCAAGGUCGUCCCCAGCACCGACAAGGACAAGAUCUCCGUCGAGAUCGACGCAGCGGGAUUCAAGUUGGAAGACCUCUCGCUGAAGGCCGUCGGGAGGAACAUGACCAUAAGUGCGUGCAACGAGAGCACGGAAGGCGACACGACCAUCAGGAGGGAACUCAAGAGGAACGUCGUUCUCCCCGAGGGCGUGGACGUCGAGAAGAUCAAGUGUCGGUUGACGGCUGAGAAGAAACUGGUGGUCGAGAUCCCACUGCCCGUCGAGAAAUGCAAAGGUGUGGAGUACAUCAUCCCAGUGCGCUGCGAAAUAGCGAGGAGCAUCAGCAAAGAUGGGGAAAAGAAGGCUUGAAGUGCUUCUUUUUUUUUCGGUUGUUCACUCGUGAAUGCGCGCUUGGAUUUGGGAGCUUUCGCUGCUUUGUAGUUCACUCGCAUGGGAACACGAUCCACUUCGGAUGAAAAAAAUAGCUUCACUGCCUGUUAUCGGCGUUUUGUAUCGCCUUUUCAGUUUACGCUCCGAGAGGAUUAGGAAGGUGAAGAUUUGCUUCGAAAUUACGCAACGUGACACGGCAGAAUACGAAGGCAAGGAGUAUGCUUAUUGGAAUAGACAGUUUGUAGCGACUCGAUGCGAGCUGGCACCUGCGAAAAGUUGUUCGCUACUUUGAGGGCAACACCUGAUGAAAGUCCGCUGCAAGGUAAUUGUGAUCCGAUACAAAGACGUCGCUCAUAACCAAAAACGUAGCUAAUUCGUGAUUGCCUGUAAACAGCAAGGUUGUAGCUGGUGGUUUUGCGUUCAGUCAGGGACGAUGAAGACGUCAGUGAGCUGUAGAGCUUCAUUAAAGUCACAUUAUGGUUCAUAAUGAGCCAUGUCGUGG